AUGUCAUCAAAUUUGUUGCCGACAUCACUGAAUUCUGGAGAUAAAGUAGAGUAUGACUCAACCAAAAAGGACAGACCUUAUAAGAUCUUUUUCAAAGAUCUCUUUCUUUUCAAAGAAAAUGAAAUUGCAGCAAAGAGAAAGGAAAAAUUUAUAAACCACAGGAUGAAACUCUACCAAAAGUCUACUUUUUCAUCCCGAAUGAAGAGUCGUUCACAUCUGAGCCAACUAGCUUUUUACUCUGACACAGGCGGUGGCUCACUUGAAAAUUUUGGGUUAGAUUCCACUCUUAUUCUCCGCUUAACAGAAGGUGCAGACGCAAAAAGGACUAUCCAUGAAUUUAUUAAUGACCAGAGAGACAGGUUUCUGCUCGAGUAUGCUCUGUUAACCAAAAGAAACACAAUUAAAAAGUUUGAAGCACACAUAGCAACGAAGGAAAGGCAACUCACAAGAGCAGAAAAAAAGCUCCAAGACGAUGCAAUGGCCUUUGAAGAGUUCCUUCGAGUAAAUGACCAGAGAUCUGUAGACGCUCUUAAAAUUGCAGCACAAGAAACUAUGAACAAACUCCAAAUGACAGCAGAGCUAAAGAAAGCAAGCAUGGAGGUGCAGGCAGUGAAAAGUGAAAUAGCAAAAGCAGAAUUCCUCCUUAAGGAGUACAUGAAAUAUGGAUUUUUUCUGCUGAAAUUGUCUCCAAAACAUUGGCAAGUCCAGCAAACACUGAAAAGAACUCAGGCAUCAAAAAAUAAAGUCAGUGUCAGCCUUCUAAAACUAUCAAAAUCCCUAGCAAGUUCACAUAAAAAAGAGACCUUUGAUGAGAACGAGAGGACAUCAGACUAUUCAGAAGACUCUUCUCUGGGAAGAGGCAGCCAAGGAAGGCCACGGAAGAGGCCCAUUCUCACCCCAGAGAAAAAGAAAUCAACCGCAUCAAACUGGACUGAAAGUAUCAGUUCAGAAGACAGUUUGGAAUUCUUUUUAGAUGAUGAUGCAGACUUUGAUGUGGAGCCAGAGCUUUAUUUUAAAGAACCAGAAGAGUUACUCCAAGUCCUCACAGAAUUGGAAGAGCAGAAUCUUACUUUGGUCCAGUAUUCCCAAGAUGUAGAUGAAAAUCUUGAAGAUGUAAACAAAAGAGAAAAAAUAAUACAGGAUAAAAUAAAUACCAACAUAGAGUUUCUUUUAGAGAACAAGGCAGUGCUUAAGGAUAAGUGUGUGAGAGAAGAGGAAAAAGCAGCAGAAUUGGAAUUAAGGUCCAGGCUAUUUAGUUUCGGAGAAUUUAAUUCAGAGGCUCAGGAAAAACUGAUAGACUCACUUAGUAAAAAAAUUAAUCAAGUGUACAGAAUCUGCAUCGGAGAUGCUGAGGUUGGUAGCCUCAAUGCAGUUCAAAAGCUGGUAAAAGUAGAGUCUCGCCUGGUGGAACUGUGUGACCUCAUCGAAUCCAUUCCCAAAGAAAAUGUGGAGGCAAUUGAGAGAAUAAAACAGAAGGAGCGACGGCAAAAGUUGCGUGAUGAGAAAAUGAGAGAAAAACAAAGACACCAGGAGGAAAGGCUAAAAGCUGCUCUAGAAAGAGCAGUAGCACAACCAAAGAAAAAGAUGGGAAGACGACUUGUCUAUCGUUCAAAACCUCCAUCAGCUAACAGACCUGAACUAAUUUCAGUCAGAGAUUCAAGAACAAAAACAGAAGAGGAAGAAUAUUUUUUUACUUGA